AUGCGGGACAUGGAGGCGGUGUGCCAGGAGUUCUUCGCGCUCCCGGCGGAGGACAAGGCCGGGCUCUACUCCGAGGACGCGGGGAAGACCACCCGGAUCUACUCCAGCACCAUGUUCGACACGGGCGCCGAGAAGUACUGGCGCGACUGCCUCCGCCUCGCCUGCUCCUUCCCCGACGUCGGCGACAGCCCCAGCGGCUGGCCUGACAAGCCCCAGAGGCUCCGGGAGGUCGUGGAGCGGUUCACGGUGCAGACGCGCGGGUUGGGGAUGGAGGUCCUGCGGCUGCUCUGCGAGGGCCUCGGCCUCCGCCCCGACUACCUGGAGGGGGACAUCAGCGGCGGCGACGUGGUGCUCCACGUCAACCACUACCCGCCGUGCCCCGACCCGACCGCCACGCUCGGCCUGCCGCCGCACUGCGACCGCAACCUCCUCACCUUGCUCCUCCCCAGCAUGGUCCGCGGCCUCGAGGUCGCCUACCAGGGCGACUGGAUCAAGGUCGACCCCGUGCCUGGCGCCUUUGUCGUCAACUUCGGAUGCCAACUUGAGGUUGUGACGAAUGGGGUGCUGAAGAGCAUCGAGCACCGGGUGAUGACCAACCUGGGGGUGGCGCGGACGACGGUGGCCACGUUCAUCAUGCCCACCACGGACUGCCUCAUCGGCCCCGCCGCCGAGUUCCUCAGCGACGACAACCCGCCGGCCUACCGCACCAUGACGUUCGGAGAGUUCAAGCGCAUCUACAGCGUCGUCAAGCUGGGGUCGUCGCUCAACCUCACCACCAAUCUCAAGGACGUGCAGAAGGAGCUCUGA